CCGGUGUCAGAUCUUCCGAUUGCGAGCCUUCCGGUGCCGUUCGCGGAAAGCCAUCCAACGGCAAGUCCAACAAGCAAGAUCAUCCCGUUCUGGGACAAGCCCAGGAUAAUUCCAUUCUGGGAGAAGACCGAUAACGUCACAAAAGCCAAAGGGGAGGAAAACAAGAAGGACGACGCGGGAUCGCUGUCUACCGAGGAUGGAGGCAGACCGAAAGAGCCUCGGCAGCAAACACCCCCUGAAACGACAGCAGAGACGGUGAAUAACACGACGUUCACCUAUAAGAUGUCCCCAAACACAAUACUGGAAGACGCUGGCCAAUAUGCACUCAACGCGAGCAUAUCCUCUAGGAGAUUCGAAGACCUUAGGAUUCUCGCGUUCUCAAGACGCAUUUCACCCAACCGCGUUGGCGCACCACGCGCAAUGUACGCCAAUAGCACACUUGUGACGCGAGCGCUGCCCAGUCUCUUCCAGGACGAACGCCUUGACGAGGUUUCUGAUGCGGGACUGGCCCUCUGUGACGACAUUUCAGUAUCGGCCACAUACUACGGCUACGGGGAUGACAGCGAUCUGGACGACGAUAAGUCAGAUGGAUCUGAGAGCUCCGAGGACGAGACAGACUCGGAGAGUGCCCCUUCCGAUCGGAAGGACGAGGACGAAACCCCAGAGAAUAAUACCCAGCGAAGGCCAGUCGCGCACCAGGCCGCUGAAGACGCGAAGCCUCCACCUCCUACAGCAACGAGCAAUGUGGCUGACCCGUCCGCGGCGCCCGCCGCUCCCGCAGAAGCCCGCAGUCCCCGGGUGAAAGCAGAAGCCAGCGACCUCGUAUCGGCGAACACAGCCACGACCACAAAGCCAGCGACAACCCCGGGUCCCCAGGUGCGGACGGGGGCAAGCACGCCACGUAAACCGACACUCAAGCUUCCUGACACCAACGCCCGGGUGGCGCUGUACUCCCCCUCCGGGUCGGAGGGGCCCCGUACUGUCUUUGCGAUAGAUACAGCCUAUCGCACAUGGCGUGCGGUCGUGUUCUAUGCGUACACGUAUCGGGUCGCGUUCGCCCCUUUGCGAUCUCAAGGACUUCCGUUCAAACUUGCGGACGAAGACGACCCGUCUCAGCUUCCCAUUUGCUCGCCCAAAUCAAUGUAUCGUCUUGCAAUGAAGUACGGCAACACAGAGCUCGAACGGCUUGCUGGGGACGACAUCGCGUCAAAGCUAUCCACGCAAAACGUACUCGCGGAAUUGUUCUCGCCCUUCACUGCCAGGUACCCGCAAAUACAGGAUAUGGAGCUUAACUUCGUCGUCGCGCACCUCAAGCACCCCCACAUCGCCGUCGAGCUGCCGACUUGGAUCGACCGCUUCGCGCGCGGCGAGCUGAAGGAGUGCGCGGACACUUUCGGACGGCUCAUCCACAAACUUGCGUGCGCUGCGACUGUGACCGUGGCAACGGGCGGGUUAAAUGCGUGUCCCCGAGGGUGCGCGAUGUCGACCGUGCAGCACCGGUGCACCAUGUGCGGACUUUCGUUCAACUGAGCUCGGGGAGUGGAAAUCACUAUGCGGGG